AUGGUGCCAGCGUCGAUUGCGGCUGCACUGGAGGUGCCGCCGAACUCGAAGAUGGAGGCGGACGACCGCCGGACGGCAGGGCCGUACUCGUGCAGGGGGCAAACGACCCACCCGUGCGAAGGACACCAGAACGGUGGUGGCGCCGCCGCUCGUGCCGCUUCGACAUUCUCGUCAGCCCCGAGCAUUGGCGCGGCCGGACCAGCGAGGAGCCAGUCAGGCACCACCGGCGCGAGGGGUGCGAGGGGAGCCGGCCGUGGUGCGAGGCCGUUCGCCGGACCGGCACCGUUCUGUUGGACACGGCGGCGGUCGCGGGAACUGCCUGCCAUGGCGGCGCGCACGGUAGCCUCCUGCACCGUGGCGGUGGCCGAUGUGGCGGCCAACACCAUAGCGUCGGUCAUCGAAACGGCGCCGUCCUCCAACUCCAUGCCGGCGGUAGCGUGCGACAAAGCGCUGGCGACGUUCGUCCUCCUCUAGCAGAUGGCGCACGUACGAAGGCAUGAAUCGAGGCAUCCUUCUCACCUGCCCUUUCUUGUUCUUCUUCUCGAUCUCAAAAUCGCUCAGGAUGACGAGCGUGCUGAUAACGUGUUAGAAGGAAAGUCGAGAGGCAAAGGAGAGAGACAACAAAUGAUUCAACUGUUUUGUUUCAUUGAUGAUUCACAACUUAUAUAGAAGGGGAAGAGACGCGAAUA